AUGUUGGCGCAAUACCAAGCAAACACGCAGAUUGUAGAGAUGCAGGUUGUGAGCAGCGGCAUUGGAGGAACAAGGUGGAGUCCUCCACAAUCUGGUUUUAUUAAGGUUAAUUUUGAUGGCGCCGUGUUUGGUAAUUUAAACAUGUCAGGCAUUGGAGUUGUAAUAAGGAACAAUAAUGGAGUUGUUAUGGCAUCUUGUGCAGAAAAAAUAAAUCAAGCUUACAAGGUAGAUGAGAUAAAAGCUUUGGCAGCACUUAAAGCAUUGAAGUUUGCGCACGAACUAGGUUUCCAAAAUGCCAUACUCGAAGGGGACUCUCUUGGUCUGAUUCAAGCUUUGAAGGCAGAAGACCAUAAUCUAUCCCCACUGGGUUUAUUGGUAGAGGAUGUGAAGUUGUUUGCAAAUAAUUUUGUAAGAUUGUCGUAUUCUCACAUUAAGAGAAGUGGCAAUAGUGUAGCUCAUAAUCUGGUGAAAUAUGCUAUAGAUUUUCAAGUAUGGAUGGAAGAUGUCUCAUCACAUAUUGUUUCGUUUUUACAAUCGGAUGUAGUUGAUUUACCUUAA